AUAAAAAAACGGAGGGAGUAUUAGUAAAGUAAUCAAAUCAUUAUUGGUUUAUGAUCUAUAAUUUGAUCUUUAUUGCCCAUUCAUUCUUCUCCUCCUUAUCCAAUUUAUUUUAAUUUUGGUUUAUCUUACUAAAAGAGUGUUAAAACAUAAUAUUAAAAAUUACUAAACUUUGGUUUUAAACCUAUUUUUCUUUUUUUUUGAGCAAAAAAACCUUUCUUCAAAAGCUUACUAUUGUUCUUGGAAAUCGUUUGCUAUUAUACAAUUCAUUCACUUACUCGAACUAUGCAUUUUAAUGGUUUCUCCAGCCACUACCUCAUUGCUAACAUAUUAAGCGGUCCAUGCCCAAUUGUCUCCAACCAGAGCCAGCCCUUUGACCAAUCUAAGGAAGUCCAUGCUAGGCCUAAGCGUUUCUAACUCAAUCCGAAAUACCGACCUUAAUCUGAACCGAAAAAACCGAAACCGAAUCCGAACCGUUUUAAAAAAAUAUCCGAAUGAGACUUAUAAGCUUACUACUUUAGAAUUUGGUUAUAACCCGAACCGAAGCAAAAUCCAAAUUAGGAUCCGAAGAUAUCCGAAAUUAUUUAAAUAUGUUAAUAUUUUUAUAUAUAUUAAGGUGAUUUAGAUAUUUUAUAGUAUUCAAAAUAUUUUUGUAGUUUGUUUUAUUUUUUAUUUUGAAUAUUUUUAGUUAAUUUAGAUAGUUUAAAUAUUUUUUAAUUAGAUUUUUAAAUAAUUUAUAUAUUUUGAAAAAAAUUUGGUCAAUUUUUGAAGUUUUUAAAAAUAUAUUUUUGUACGAUUUUAAACAUUGAUAACCGAACUGAACCCGAUCCGAUAAUUAGUAAAAACUGAAUGGUACUUAUGAGCAUAAUACCAAAAAUCUAAAAAUUCAAAUCAUCCGGACCGAAACCGAACGGACCACCGAACGCGAAGGCCUAGUCCAUGCUUCCACUCUCUUUCUAUAAAAAUUAUAUUUUGACAGCACAAGAAUAAAAUUUGUCUUUGUCUAGCGGUUUAUCUUUUAGAUAAAAAACAUUCAAAGUCCAACCACGGUUCGAUGCUUGAUGCUUCAUAAAUCAUAUCAGUUUUUUUUUUUAUGAAAAAACUGGCCAAUUUUAUUUUUUUCUUAUAGUUGGUAAGAAACGUAGGACCCCCUCUGUCUCCAACUACCUCCAUCUUAGGCAACCCAUAGAAAUCAUAGUAACCAAUAGAUAUUGUAUUGAGUCAGAUGUACAAACAUCUGACGUUUACAGCCGUUGAAUAUGGAAUCCAAUGGGUUGCCAUUUCAGGAAAUAAUGAACAUGAAUCUACUGUGAACUGUAAAUUGAUGAUUUUCCUCUAUUCAUUAUGGUUUUAUUGUUCUCUCUCAGAUUAAUCCAAUGUUUUUAAAUCUGACCCGGAUACUGAACCGGCCGAUUUACCGGGUCGUUGGAUCGACCGCGGGUUAAUAAAAUGAAUUAAUUUUAUUAUAUAAUAAUAUAUUAGCUAUGAAAAUAAACUAAAAUUUAAUAUUUUCUAACUCAUAAAUCACAUCAACUUUUUUUUUCUCUACCAUCGGUCACUUCAUUUUCUUUAGGUGGUAUAGUAAAAUUUUCAUCAAAAUUUAAAAAAUCACAAUUAUAAAACUGAAAAGAAAAAAUCUAACCCUUUUUUUUUGUCAGCACCUAACAUUUUAAUUGAAAACUUAAAUUAUAAAACAUAAUCUAAAGGCAUAACUAAAACCUAAAAAAAAGUAAAAGUUAUUUAUUGGUUCAGCCGGUAUUGGGUUAUGGGUUUUAAAGGGGUUUUACGGGUUUUUGCGAGUUUCUAAAUAUUAAGUUUUUCACAAAAUCAAAACCGGAAAUUUGUUGGGUACCAGAUUUACCAGUUCAACCGCGGAUACGGGUCGGAUUUCAAAACACUGGAUUAAUCCCAUUUGUGGAAGAUGACUCAUAUCAAGUCCGAAUAGCACACUAAACAAUUUGAUGGCUUUUUUAAAUUUCCAUCUCCGAGUAUACGGUGCACUUGGUUCCAAACUAUCAGUUGUCCAAUAGCAUUGACAUCUUCUUGUUUGACAGUAAAUAUAACAUUUUUAUCUUUCUGCAUGUGUUAGGACUGAGGAGUAUCUUGAAGACUCGAAAGAAGUGGGGAUUACUUGAUCAAUCCACAUUUAUAUAAAAAAAUAAAGAUAAAUAAUUUUUAUCACAUAUAGGCUUAGAUAUUUUCUCAUUAUUACGCAUAUCUCAACAUUCAUUAAAAAGACCCACCAACUAGUCCUGGUGAAUAACCAAAACGUGAAAAAAAACAAAUUGAAACGAUCAACAACCGGCAUUAAGCACUUUCUAUUUCAAUUUGAUAACAUUUUAUACAAUGUCAAUACAUCUUUUACAUACUAUUUGUCAACUGAUUCUAUUAUGUUAAUAAUUUAAUUUUCUUUAAGUAGUAUUAUUUUAAACACAAUGAAUUGUGAAACUUCUUUUUUUUUGGGUCAAAGAAAAGAACUAUGAAACUAUAUAUCAUGAAAUAUGUUUUAAUACUUUUUGGUAUGGGUAAAAACAACACUCGGAGAAACAUCCACGUAAAUAAUAUAAACGUGGCAACACUGCAGUUCUCUAACCUUUUGCAACUGAUUCAUCAAUCAUCAAUGUGAUUUGCGUACAUUGAGUAUAUCUUUUUGUUUAGUCGCCUAAGACCACCCACGAUGGGGGCAUUAAAAAUCAGUUUCAACGGUUGAAAUCUUUGCAAUGAGGAUGUUGAUAAAUUGAGUUAAUCUAGGUGGCAUCAACACAUGUUGUAAAGUUUCAACUAUUGAAACUUUUUUUUUCAGCGUUACCACAUGUUGCUUUCUGAUUGGUUGUGCAUAUUUUUUUUUUAUUUUUAUACUCACCCAAUAAUUUAAAUGCAUUUAUUAUAUAAUUUUUUUUAAGAAAAAUAGAAAAAUUAUAUCAAAAUUUAAAUUUUUUUUUAUCUAUAAAUAGACACUACUCUCAUUUCGUUUGGAUACAGAAAAAAACAUUUUUUCUUUAUAAUUAACUAAUUUAGUGUUUUAUUCUUUUUUUGUUAAAUGGAUCCUAAUAAUAAUUAUUUAAAAAAAUAAGUUAAGUAUAAUAAUUCAAAAUAAAUAUUACUAAAAAUUAUGUUAUUAUAGUUUUUAAAUUAGUUAUUAAUAUGUAAUUAUUUUGUUGUAAAAAACAAAAAUAUGAAUUAAGAGUCGUGGAGUAAGGUGUUGGGUUUUCUAAAACAAACCAUUAUAGAAGUUUAGAAUGAAGUGAGUGUUGAAUAAAUUAGGUGGAAUAGAGAUGAGAUAAUGUGGAGUGUUAAAAGGAGAAAAUGACGGUGUUGAAAAUAGAGAAGGUGUUGAAACUAUUCUUAGACCAUCUCCAAUGGUUUACUCUAUUUUUUACUCUAAAAUAGAGUAACUCUAUAAUAGAGUUUGAGUUUGCUCCAAUGAUACUCUAUUUUAGAGUAGAAAAUAGAGUAAUGAACAUAAAAAAACACAAAUUACUAUAUAUUUGGAGUAAACUUAUUUUUUACUCUAUUAUAGAGUGAAAAAUAGAGUAUCAUUAGAACAUUUUUUACUCUAAAAUUUAUUUUGAAGUGAAAAAUAGAGUGGAGUUGAAGAUGUUCUUAGAUAGUCUAAUCUAGAUUAUAGAUUCGCUCAGUCGUCACGUGGAUUAAUUAUUAGCUAAUUAAAAGCAUCAUCCUAAAAUAUUGUACCAAUACGAUCUGGUCUGACUUUUGGAUUUACCACAGAGGACGCAGACAGGCUAAUUAUUAGCUGGUUUUCACAUUUUGUCAAUAACUAUCUUCCAAGUACACACAUGCCAGAAGUGACGUGGCAUCAAAUUUCAGCAUAGGAGUAGAAUUGUAGGACACAUUCAGACACCAAACUCCCUGCGUUUAGAUUUUGUUCUCUCUUCUAAAUUACAAGUCAUGCCACUCCCGGACAUAGCCAUUAGCAAAAUUUUACGACUAGUAAUGCUUUUUUUAUGUUUUUUUUAAAAAAAAUCAUAUUUUAAACUUCUUCACUUGUUAUACGUAUAUUUGUGCAGACUGAUAUACUAUUGCUUUGCUUCUUUGAAAUUUGUACGUACAUCAGGUGUUUUUAAUAGAGAAUAUUACUUUGUCUCUUUCAUUUUUUGGUUUGACUAGCUUUCUUUCUUUCAGCUUUCUUUGUCGCCACAUUUUCAAAAUUCAGUACCAUAAUUUUUCCUGGAUCACUUUUUUCCUUCUCUCAACUUUCUGGACCACCCUUUUCCCAUAAUUGAUAAACCAAGUGUGAUUUUUGAUUAAUUCAUUAAUUAAUUAAAUUAAACAAAAUUAUAGAUGUGUAGCCCAAUCCUAUAAUAAUCCACGCUUAAUGGUUUUUUCUUCCUUUUCUUCUAAUUAUAUUUUGAAAUUAACAUAAUUAAGUUUUUAACUUCUUUUUCAUGGUUCCACUUAAAUGUUUUGUUUUGAAUUACUGACGCUAUAACCUUAUAUUAUGUGACAAUGAAUUUAGACCGUGUAUAUAUAUAGGAAGUCGAAAGAAGACACGAAAGAUAAAGAAUUCUCACAGUUUUGGGAAACGAUUCUUGUCACGUACUGUUAUAUAUCUUCUUCGCAUCGGUUUCUACUUUGGUCUAACUAAAACAAAAAAAAAAAAUUGCAAAGAAUUAUAAUUAAAAAGUAAGUUUGUUAUCGUUUCUUUUGUAAGCAACCAUUACGUACGUUGUUAACUUGUUAUCCUAUGAAAACACUAAUAAUUGAAUCUACUAAAACAUAUACUCACUAAUAACUUGCCCUAAACACACAAAAAAAACAAACAUAUAUAGAAUGGUGAAACUGGAAAACAAGAAAGUAAUAAUAAUAACAAGGACUUAUAAUCAAAAGUAAGAAGUUUAAACGUUGCUUUCCACAGUAUAUUUAGCUUGUUUUAUUUUCUUUCAUAAACAAAAGUAGUUUGUUAUCUAUGAAAACAUUAAUAAUUGAGUCUACUAAAACAUAUAUACGCACUAAUAAUUUGCCCUAAAAGCACCUAAAACAAGCAGAGAUACAACGUUCGAAACUGGAAAUGAAUGAAGGGUAGCGAGACAAAGAGAGAAAGAGAUAGUGGGUGUACUUCUUCUUAUACGCAUCAUCCUCCUCUUUAAAUAUCUUCAUCACUUCGUGUUCUUCAUAUAUAAUUUACCUUUGUUAAGGAAACAACAAUAAGCGAACCUCUCUCUCUCUAAACUCUCUUUAUACACAAAACUGUGGAGUCUGCAUGAUGGUGGUGCUAAUAAGAAACGCAGCGGCAGCUUUCAGAUGAUAAUUGAUCGCUUAUCAAUUCAGCGACAGUUCCAACUCAUUUCGGCGACUCCACUAACCGUAACAGCGACACUUUUUGAUCUCAUCACCUUCAUCGUAACGUCCUAUUUCUUGUCGCUGCGAUCGUCCACAGAAUAGGGCCAUGAUACGGGUCAUUCAUUUAGCUCUUGUUUUACUCAUAGCGACAACUGCCCAGUCACAUAAUUAUAUCCUGGCUUCCGAUGGAGACACCGUAGAAUGCGUCGACCGGAAUAAGCAACUGGCUUUUAAAAACUAUCUGUUACGAAACCACAAAAUCCAGGAAACACCAUCAGAUUAUCCUAUUAUGAAGAAGGUGCAAAAGAAAAGCAUCUUGCCAACUUCUGAAGCGCAAAUUAGCACCGCAAAGUGUGAGAUCGGAACAGUGCCGAUACGACAAAAAGGGGCUAUUUCGAAUCAUCAGAGAACCCCAAAAACUAGCACCAAUUCUACGUUUACUCCCCAACACGAGUAUGCGGAAGCAUCUGUGUAUGCCCCGCCGAAGCUAUACGGUACCAGAGCAACCAUGAACUUAUGGAACCCAUUGGUCGAAGAUAGUGCAGCUGAAUUGAGCAUAUCCCAAAUAUGGCUUUCCUCCGUGGAUGACACACAUGAUCUAAAUACCAUAGAAGUUGGGUGGCAGGUAUGUCCGGGGCUAUACAACGACAGCAAAACAAGAUUUUUCAUCUACUGGACGAGUGACGGAUACAAUAUAACCGGUGGCUACAACCUUGAAGAACCUGGAUUUAUUCAGAUUAGUAACAAUAUUGUCUUGGGAGGCUCAAUUACGCCGAUAUCUAGCUUUGGAGGAAGCCAAUACGAGAUGACAAUUCUCGUUUGGAAGGACCGGAAAAGCGGAAACUGGUGGUUAAGUGUUGGGAGUAACAACACAAUAAUAGGAUAUUGGCCACGGGAGAUUUUCACUUCCUUAGCAGAUCAUGCGGUUGCGGUGGACUGGGGAGGUGAGAUUGUAAAUUCUCGGAGGUUUGGUCGACACACGAAGACCGAGAUGGGCUCGGGACAUUCUCCCGAGGAAGGUUUCGGGAAAGCGAGUUAUUUCCGAAACAUAGAGACUGUAGACUGCAACAACACCUUCCAGUCUAGCCAGGUGAUACAUCCGCACGCUGAAAUCACGAACUAUAAAAUCAGUGUUUUUCGUACCGAUGAUUGGGGCACCUCGUUCUUUUACGGAGGAUCAGGAUCUAGCCAUACGCAUUCAGGAGUUGCUCCACUAAGUUUAAGUUUUUCUCUUAUUUAUCUUAUUUUCAGUUUAUUUUUCAUUAUCAUUUAGUUUAUUUCGUAUUUUAAUAUGUUCGAUUAAGCCUUUUGUGUAGACUUUGUUUAUCGUGGACAUUUUAUAAUAAAAAUCUUAUGUAGCUUUGCAAACUGACCAUUCGAAUUAUAUAUAUGACCAAAAUUUUGUU